AAUAAAAAACAUCAUCAGCAUCAUCACCAACAACAAAAACAUAAUCAUCAUCACCACCACCAACAAAAACAAAAAAGUGCUACCAGAAGAGAAUCCUCCAUCCUGAAUUCAGCUUCAGUGGUCCUGAAACAGAGCCCCCUUUUCUCUCCUUAAAUUACAGCACAUUUUUCCAUCUCCUCCUCUUUAUUUGCAUCCUUUUACUGUGACUUGCUAGAAGUACUGCUGGAAUUUGUCGAGUAGCAGGAAGACUGCAAUGGACUGACACCCAAUGCAUGAUUUCUAUUCUGUCUUAUGUUUACAUUGUGCCAGGAUAGGCUGUCAUUCACCUGCGACCUACUAAACAGAGAACAGGUAAUGGAAAGGGAAGGAAGGACAUUGAGAUGUUGAGAAAUAUCAAAGAUCACAUCAGAUGGAAAUAAAAGAUCAGAGCAGCCCCUUUCUUUCUAAUAACAGUAUUCUCUUUACGUUUCAGACAAAAAAUGAGUAUAUGAAAUGUAAAUAAAAUGGCACCACAUGACAAUGACACAGACAACACAAACUUUAACUAUGAUUACUCAGGAUACUAUGGCUUGAACAAUACUUCAGAUUCAUCUCCAUGUGAUAAUCAAAACAUUAAAAUAUUUGGUUCUGUGUUCCUGCCUGCACUCUACUCAAUUGUAUUUUUGUUGGGGCUAAUUGGAAACAUUUUAGUUAUUGCUGUGAUAUUGUCUAAAUGUAAAAAAUUGAAAAGCAUGACUGACAUGUAUCUUCUGAAUCUGGCAUUGUCAGAUCUGCUCUUUGUUUUGUCCCUUCCAUUUUUAGCUUACUAUGCCGCUGAUGAGUGGGUCUUUGGAAGCACAAUGUGCCAUUUAGUUACUUUGCUUUACCUCUUUGGUUAUUACAGUGGCAUAUUUUUCAUAACCCUAAUGAGUAUUGACAGAUAUUUAGCAGUGGUCCAUGCUAUAUUUGCAUUAAGAGCAAGGAGCAUUACCUAUGGGAUUAUUGCAAGUUUAGUUGUUUGGUGCGUAGCUUUUUUAGCUACCCUUCCUCAAUUAUUACUUAGUGAAGUACAGACUGACAGUGCCAAUAAGAUAUGCAGGCCAACAUUUUCCAGUCAAGAAUGGAAACUUUUCUUAAAUCUAGAAGUUAUUGUUUUAGGAUUUAUCUGCCCUAUGAUAAUAAUGGGUUACUGCUAUACAUAUAGUUUAAUUACAUUAAUCAAAAGUAGAAAUGCAAACAAGAAAAAAGCCAUAAAGCUUGUGUUUAUUGUUAUGAUUAUAUUUCAAGUCUUCUGGGCACCCUACAAUUUUCUCAUUUUUUUAGAUACAUUAUUGCAGCUAAAAGUUCUUGAUGGUUGUGCAACAAGUCAAGGGAUAAUGUACACAACACAGGUGACAGAAACCAUUGCAUUUUCUCAUUGUUGCCUUAACCCAUUCCUCUAUGCAUUUGUGGGUGAGAAAUUCCAAAUGCAUCUCUGUGAAAUGUUGCAAAAAAUGUUAAAUGUACCACUUUGCAAAAGCAUUAGAAUUUGUAAAAGGCACCUUUCUGAUCACAGAAGUUCAGUCCAUACUCAAUCAACAGGAUCAUCAGACCAAGCCAUAAUUUUGUAAGACGCAGUAUAUUACAGGAAUUGUGAUUUUUUUCACCAGUAGUGUCAUCGGCAACACUGCACAUCCACCUGUGGCUCUGCUGAGCUGGGUUUGAUAUUAGUAGGGAAGCUGAUUCAUAGAGACUGCAUGCCUUGCCUUCAGGCAGAUUGUAGGGACAUCUCACCCACUGGAUUAGUGGGCAUAUGAUUCAUGAGCACCAUCAUAUGCUUUACAGUAAAUGAGCUAUAGCCUGCCAAGAGAAAUGUGUGGUAUAAUGAAUACUGUCAUAUCUGCAGGGCAUUGUGUGGUUCCACAAAUGGAUCAUAGUGGUGGGGCAGUGUAACUGCCCUUCCUGCUUUUACAGGUAUGGUCUGCACCUUUUUCUUCAAUGCUUUCAUAUAUUGGCCAAGACAUGCAAGGCACAUAGUGCCUUUUUUAGGCAAUGCAAACCUGCACCAUCUGCCAACCUGUUGAAACCUAAUCAGGGCAGUAUAAAAGCAGUGCUGCUCAGUGAUAGAAACCUUAAAAAGAAGCUGCCUGCCUAGAAGCCUGACUGACCCCAUAAGUUAUUUACACCUGUGUCAUUACAUGAAACAAUGUUCUAAUGCAGUGACAACACACCUUUCCUAUCAGGGUUCAGUACUCAUCACUCAUUCAGACUAUCUACUGAAGAUGUUUCUGUAACCUGUAGUGGUGUAUCCAUAUUCCUCAUCCUUGCCUUAAGGUCCAGUCUUAUCUAGUUAGGUAACAACCGUGAACUACUUCAUAUCUUAGUAACUAUAUAAGACUCAUUAACACAUUUUGGCUGACUAUAGAACUCCAUCCAUAACACCGUCAACACAUCAGGCAUAUCUAAAUAAGCAUGAAUCCCUCUGCAUUGAGUCAAACACUAUUUUUAUUCUAAGGGAGUUCAGUUAUCUUUCUAUAAAUUAGAAUAUUCACAUGACUAUGAAUAAAUACACUUGAUGCUUCCUACAGCUGAUGCUUCCUACAGCUGAGCUAACCAGUCCAGACUGUGCACUCCCCUACUGGAGGUCAAAUGUAUUGGAUUUGGUCAUUACAAACCUUCCACCGCUGUUGGGGAUCCCUGUACCAACCCAUGUGUGAGACUUUCCCUGGUAAACUCCGAUCAAUAAUCAAUCUUAUUCGACACAACGAUCAUACCUGACCCUGCACCAGAGGAAGAAGGUUGAAAAUUUCUCCAAAGCAAGCUAUAGCCUCCUAAGUGAUGGUAUAAAUAGUUUCAAACCCCCUGUCACCACUGACAGCAAUGACUCCUAUAAUGAGGUGUUCACAAAUGCCCUGUAUAAACCUAUACAAAUGUAUAGACUUAACCAUACCUGGAUGGAUCAAAAAAGGUCCUCACAAAAAACAAGCCACUCUGGUGGACAUCUAGCAUAAAUAGAUUUUACAACAAGAGAAAGCAACUGCUGUCAAUGAAUAAGAGGGAAUAGUCUCAGCAGAAGAAGAACACCUUCCACAGCUUGAACAAGAAAAUUCGACAUCUACAGUCCUCUAAAGCUAAUUACAAAACUAAGUUAGCAUUUCUAGCUAAGGAUAACCACAAGAAAUUCUUUAGCUACAACCAAAAUCUAAAAGGGAAAGCCCAGCUUUGAGCCGAAUUAGUAGUGGAUGGUACUACUUCUA